CCGGCUUCGUGCAUUCCAAGUACUAGAAGGAAAAUGGCAUUGAAUCUGAGGACCGGGCGGCACGCUCUGAGGGGAGCCCUGCGUCCCAUCGUCGCCACGCCCAGCCAUGCAUCUGCCCGCCGGACAUAUGCCACAGCCGAGCCGGACCUCAAGACGACGCUGAAGGAGGUGAUCCCUGCGAAGCGCGAGCUGCUCAAGAAGGUCAAGGCGCACGGGUCCAAGGUCAUCGGCGAGGUCAAAGUGGAGAACACGAUCGGCGGCAUGCGCGGGCUCAAGGCGAUGGUGUGGGAGGGCUCGGUGCUCGACGCCAACGAGGGCAUCCGCUUCCACGGCCGCACCAUCAAGGACUGCCAGAAGGAGCUGCCCAAGGGCAAGACGGGCACCGAGAUGUUGCCCGAGGCCAUGUUCUGGCUGCUGCUGACGGGCAAGGUGCCGUCGGUCAACCAGGUGCGCCAGUUCUCGCGCGAGCUCGCCGAGCAGGGCCAGCUGCCGACCUUCGUCAGCAAGAUGCUCGACGACUUCCCGCGCGACAUGCACCCAAUGACGCAGUUCGCCAUCGCCGUGUCGGCCCUCAACUACACGUCCAAGUUUGCCAAGGCGUACGAGAAGGGCCUCAACAAGGCCGACUACUGGGAGCCCACGUUCGACGACUGCAUCUCGCUGCUCGGCAAGCUGCCCACCAUCGCCGCCAAGAUCUACCAGAACAGCUACCGCGGCGGCGGACCCCUGCCCGCCGAGAUCGACCUCGAGCAGGACUGGUCCUACAACUUCGCCGCCAUGCUCGGCAAGGGCGGCCGCGAGAACGAGAACUUCCAGGACCUGCUGCGCCUGUACCUCGCCCUGCACGGCGACCACGAGGGCGGCAACGUCUCGGCCCACACCACCCACCUCGUCGGCUCCGCCCUGAGCGACCCCUUCCUCAGCUACAGCGCCGGUCUGCAGGGCCUAGCCGGGCCUCUGCACGGCCUCGCCGCCCAAGAAGUCCUCCGCUGGAUCCUACAACUGCAAUCCACCCUCCCCACCUCCUACACCGAAGACGACAUCCGCUCCUACCUCUGGACGACCCUCAACUCAGGCCGGGUCGUCCCGGGCUACGGGCACGCGGUGCUGCGCAAACCGGACCCGCGCUUCGAAGCGCUCAUGGACUACGCCGCCUCCCGGCCCGAGAUCUCCGAGGAUCCGGUGUUCCAGCUCGUGCGGAAGACGAGCGCUGUCGCGCCCGAGGUGCUCAAGCAGCACGGCAAGACCAAGAACCCGUACCCGAACGUGGACGCCAGCUCCGGCGUGCUGUUCCACCACUACGGCUUCACCGAGACGCUGUAUUACACGGCUACCUUUGGUGUCUCGCGCGGCUUGGGACCGCUCGCGCAGCUGAUUUGGGAUCGCGCUCUGGGGUUGCCGAUUGAGAGGCCGAAGAGUGUGAACUUGGAGGGGAUACUUAAGCAGGUGGAGGGGCAGUAGUUAAGGUAGAUACUAGAUUAGGAGGGGGGGAAGGGGGCUGGGAUGGGUGAUGUGUAGUAGGGUAAAACGCAGAGAGUGUACCCCGUAGCGUGUGAGCGUAAACAAACGUACCAAAUUCUUACACAUGUCUACUACUCCUUUCGGUGACGGGAGCGUGGUAGGUUGUGGUGAAUUGACCCCUUGAC